AUGGCAGGGCUACUUAGGAAUUUGAUCGGUGGCAAGGAACAAGAACUCUUAGACGCUGCAAAAUACGGGAAAGUAGAUGUGAUUGAGAAAUUGGUGUACAAGACUUCAAGAGGUAAACAAGCAACAUCGUUUGCCGGAAUCAGUUGGCCGGUCAAGUCUUCCACCAAUGUAAACUGUGUGGAUAGUAAUGGGUACACUCCCUUACACCUGGCUGUCCUCCAUGGACACAAGACUACAGUUGAGAUGCUGCUGUCAGCGGAGGCCGCACCCAGCCAACAAGAUAACACUGGCUGUACCACCCUACAUCUGGCUGCCUGGAAAGGUUAUCCUGAAAUCUGUGAGCUUCUGGCUAAUGAGGAAGUCCCGAUCAACAUGCAGGACAGUAAUGGUGACACCGCUCUUCAUUAUGCUGCUCAGUAUGGGUAUGAUACUGUGGUGGAUGUCCUAAUACAGCACAACGCAGAUCCAGCCUUCCGUAACCUAAAACAGGAGUCAGCUCUUGACCUCGCCUCACAAUAUGGCCAUGUAGAGGUGGUCAGUCUCCUGGUAGAGAAAUUCCCUUACUUGUCCCAACGACUCAUUCCAAACAGGUCACCUCUGCAUUUGGCCGCAGCUUGUGGCCAUAGAAAAAUUGUGGAAAUUCUGUUAGAUGCUGGUUUUGAUAUCAACACAAAGACUGAUAACGGGACUGCUCUCCAUGUGGCUGUGAUGUAUUUCAAACCUGAAAUUGUCUCUGUUCUAUUAGAGAGAGGUACUGACUUGAUGGGCGUCGACAGGAAUGGUCACACAGCACAGGACAUUGCCGCCCAGAGUGGGGGAAAUACCUCCAAAGUCAGCCUCGUCAUUCAAGAGUACAUCCAGAAAUUGCAGGACCUCCAGAAAGCCAUGACACAGGAAGUGGGCUAUGUACGUGUGGAUGAAAUAGACCAGAAGGGUUCCUCCCCUUCCCCUGAAGAGGAACAGCCAUCUCUAGAAGAGGAACACCUGUCAUCGAAAGAGGGAGGCCCAUCACCUCGUCCCCGUAUACCACGCAGCACUAACAGUUCCGAGAUUGAGGACUUGUACUCGAAACCCAGCAAACGUGAUCCCUCACGGACCAAAAAGAUGGAAGAACCUGAGACAGACCUUGGAAAUGAAUUAUCUCCCCCUCCCAUUCCAGCCCGAACUGCAUCUUUACUGGACGAAAUGGUCAAACAUUUACCCUCUAUUGCUGGACUAGUUAAGGACACCCCACCCCCACCAGCUCCCUUCCAUCCCGCUUCUCAUCAGACCAUGAUGACACCACCUAAAACCACUCUGCCUGAGUGGCAAAGAGAUAUACCUCCUCGUCCUUCUUGGGAAAAUGUGCGUCCCCCUGCAGCUAAACCGCGACAUAAUUCUGGCGGAGACAAAAAGUCUGUCAUAAGAGAGCGACGACCCUCAGAUGGAAAUUAUCCUUACUUCAAUGUCAGUGAGGUCGGUGGCCCAAAGAGGGAUUACAUUAAUAUAGGUGAAGUUAGCAGUCUUGAUGAGCUUGCCCCACCACGAGCUUGUCCAGGGGAAUCCUCCACUGUGCAUGUUUCAGUUGGUUCCUUAUCAGGAAGUGGAGAAAAUUUGUCUGCAACCUCCAAGUCAAUGAGAAAGACUCCACCGCAGAAACCAAAAAGAUCCAAACCACCAACGUCUUCUAGUCCUGGUUCUAAGCAUAGUCCUCAAGGCCAUCAAAAUAGAUCGCCUGGUCCACCACGACAAGAUAUUCCACCUAUUCCAGGAAACGAGGAGCCCAUCAUGGAUUAUCUCCCCUUAAAGAAACCACAGGAGAAUAAAACAAUGUCUGAUGCUAAAAAAGAGCAGUUGGAGGAUUACAUGAAAAUGAUGAAUAUUAAGAAAGAAAAAUUAUGUGAUAAGGAAGCACCAAGUGAGGACUAUAUGAAAAUGUCAAGUGUUGGCAAAGAGAAAAAUGAAUUAACAGACAGUGGGAUAGGCUGUUCGAAAAUAAAUGAAUUGAAGUCCGGUGAAAAGACAGACUAUGUUAGAAUGAGUGAUGUUAAAGAGGAUGAGGAUGAUGCUUACAAGGAUAUGUACAAGAUCCUUAAUCUUAACCGUGACAGAGUUUUAUCAGCAAGUGAGAGCAGGUCAUCGAAAUCUAACAGCUCCAAUAUUACUGAAACCAAUCUGGAUAGGAACAGGAAUGAUUCGUCAGCGUCGUCUUCAUCCUCCGAAGAUCUUUUAUCUAGUGACUCUUCUGGAGAGUUAUAUAUAAACCGUCCGUCACCAAUGGACGUGGAAGUUUUUACCAGUAGUCAUACCGGUAGUAAGAAAGUUGUACUUGAGAAUAUUCCAGAUAUACCUAUUCCACGUCGACCAAUUAAGCAACCAAAGACUUUGCCGGAGCAACCUCCAGACUUACCUGUAAAAACUCGAGCCUCACAACGGCAAAGCUCCAAAAAGGAUCAUUCCAAUUCUGAGAAAAAGAGGAGAAGUUGUUAUGAUAAUGUUAAGACUGAAGAAACAGUUGUGACAACAGAUAGUAAGGGAGAUAACUCUAACUGUGAUCAAAGUUUCUGUGAUAAAAACAAAGAAAGCGUUGUGAUAGAGAAGACUUUAAGUGACAUUGUUGAGUCCAGACUUUCUGAUGAGUUGUUACCAGAUAGUAAACGUCUGUCUAAUGGUGUUCAUCAUGUGGAAGAUCAACAUGAAAUCAAACAUUUGGGAGAAGGAAAGUUAACUAAACCUCCUUCUCUGGAGUUUGAGAAAAAGAGGUUGAAACGUGAGGAGAUACCCCUCACUCCCACUGGCUACCCACAACCAGCCACGCCCGACUUCCCACCACCCUCACCCAACACUGCCAUGCAGGGCAUACAGGAGAAAAUGGCUGGCAUUGAUAGUAAGCGGUCUUCUCGUGACAUGGAAACCAUUACAGAAACCGUGUACCUCCGAGAUCCAACUGAACAGCCAUCAUCUGCAGUAAACAUUCCAAAAGCAGACACCACUUCUGGUGCAAAUGACAUUCCAAUUGUGGACGAUGUGUCAUCUAUUUCCUCAUCUGGUGAUGAUGUAAAUCUUAAGAAAGUUGAUGAAGGUUUACCGAGCGGGCCAUCAGGAGACCACACGGAAUUCCAUGCUUCACCAGUGGUAAUGAGGCGGAGUAGACAUUCCAAGAUACAACCUCCAGAGGGCGCUGCCGAGAUGAGACGUAGUACAGGAAGUGCCAGCAGCAGCAGUCAAGAGGAUCUGGUUCGGGAAGACGAGCUCGGACCACUUGCAGGUCUUCUUAGAGGAUCAGUAGUUGGUCGGCCUCGUCGGGUUGUGUCACAAAUCUGGGACAAUGUCAAACACCGAAAGUAUCUACGCGCAAAGAAGAGGCAGUCACUUCCGAUGACAGGAUUGAUGCCGUUUGACCCUCUCAUGGAGAAAGAAGAAGACGUGGACAAAAAGAUGAUUGACAGUAUUUCAGGCACUCGGGUACCCAUGACUGCAGAGACAGAACCCGAUGCCAACCACUUCGACGACACCGCCGAUUGGGCCCAGAUACAGAUUACCCUAGACUCUGUAGGGGUGGGAAUGGCUCGAGAAUCGGUCUUUGUGAAGGAAUUCUUGAACACUUUUACUGAACACUUCACCUCGCAAGGCACCUCGAAAGUAAAAUGUGUUGGUGAUUGGCUUGAAGAGCUUAAUCUAGGCCAAUAUGAAAAUACCUUAGUUGCCAACGGUUAUGACAACACAGAUUUUCUGGGUGGUAAACUGCUAGAGGACCAAGAUUUAGAACACAUAGGAAUUAAAAAUAGUGAACACCGGAAACAGAUCCUUGAUGCAGCACGACUUCUUCCAGAGAUCAAACCCAUAGACACUGACAAUCCUCCUGCCACAGUGGAACAAUGGCUGGAAAGUUUGAGUCUCGAAACAUAUUUUGAUUCCUUCAAGUCGCAUGAUAAGGACACGAUGGAGAGAGUGUUAAAGUUGUGGGAGGUUGAGCUACAAACUGUGUUAGACAUAUCAGCCAUCGGUCAUCGCAAGAGGAUCCUGGCGUCAUUAGGAGAACGCCAGGCACCAGAAAGGCAGUACCCCUCGUUGAAAAAGCGGUUAGAUCCACAACCGUCAGAAUCAGAUUCAUCUAGUCAACGGUUCAAUGUGAACCUGUACAAAGAUUACACAGGCGUCAAGCCUCUCACCUCCUCUGAAGAGGAUGUCAAGGAGUCUUCCCAGAAUGCAUUUCCUCCUGUUGAUAGCAGUGAGGAUGAAGAUGUCUUCCGGUCAGAAAAGGGUAUAAGUAUCAGGGAUGACAGUAUCCACUUGCGACCGCCCCACCAAGCCACGAUCACUAGUCCCAUCAAGGAGUGGCGACACCCACCAGUUAUGCUCAUCAAGGGAUAUUGUAAUUAUAUAGCCCAGUAUUUGGGAUCAACACUGGUAAAGGAGUUAUCUGGCCCCAAUUCCACAAUAGAAGGCAUAUCCAAACUUAAGCAAAAAUUUCGAAGAAAACUUGAGAAAUCUGCCGAUGUCAUCGCAAAAAUUCCUAUCAUCAAGUUGGCUAUUUCUUUCCGAGGCGUAAAAUUUAUAGAUGCCAAGUCUGAGAGAGUGAUAUGUGACCAUGAGAUUGGGAAUAUUUUCUGCGCUUGCCAGGAUGCUGAUAGCAUGAACUUCUUUGCUUACAUUACACGGGACAACGACAACCACUACUGUCAUGUCUUCAGUGUCAAGGAUGCUAGUCUUGCUCGAGAAAUUAUCCUGACCUUGGGAGAAGCCUUCGAGGUUGCUUACCAAAUGGCAUUGAAGGAAAAGGCACAAGCAGGUGCACUGGAGUUUGAUCGACAGAUGAGCCAGAGUGAUGUUGAGCCUGAUUCUAUCAGCAUCUCAUCCAAGGCUUCCAUUAGCACUGUCUGAAAAAAAGGGAGUAGGCGUUGAUGUGGGAGGUGCCACAUGAUUGAAACCCUAAAAUGGUUGACGCAAUGAUGCCCACAGGUGGCCUGCACUGUCACCAGGAUUGGUCACCAAGUAUGCUGGAAUCUGCUGACCAUUGUCCUCAUAUGAUGACCACUAAGCAUUCAUUUGUAGGUGGUGACCACACACUGUGAUGACCAAUUUUGCAUCCACCAUGGGUAUCGACUGAAGUUGGACUAGUCAUGUAUUAUUACAGAAUAUUGAUAAAACUGACCCUGGUUGGACUUAUAUAGUGUCAAGCUGUCAGGAAGAUUUACUUGGGUUGUCCUCUUACUAUUAUGGACAGUAGUCAUAAGUCCAGUGAUAGGGAAAUGUUGGGUGAAACUAGAG